AACAUAUUUUAUAUGUUUGUUAAAGAAUAGAAAAACAUAAUUAGAUCAAGAGCAAGAUUAUUUUUAUUAAGAGAUAGAAAUUAGAGAGAGAAAAAAAAUGUCUCAACUUCAAAGGGUUGAACGCCAAACUUAGCUCAAAUGUGAUGCAGACAAGUUUUUUGAAAUUUGGGCUCACAAACCAUUCCUUGUACCUAAAAUGUGCCCUAACAAAAUUCAAAAAGCUGAGCUGAAUGAGGGGGAGUGUUGGGAUAGAGUUGGUGCUGUCAUAACAUGGAAUUAUGUCAUUGAUGAAGUCGGGGAACGAGCAAUCGUGAAGACAAAAAUUGAAGAGCUUAACGACGAAAACAGGUGUGUAAGGUACAGCCACCUUGGUGGAAAAAUUGUGGAGAAGUACUACAAAGAGACAUUAAUAUCCAAGAUUCAAUUAACUCCAAAGGAUGAGGGUUGUACUGUAACUUGGAGCUUUGAGUAUGAGAAGAUGAACGAGAAUGUUCCAGAACCUGAUAUUUACGCCAACUAUCUUCUUGGCGUUGCUAAAGAUAUCGGUGCUUCUCUUUGCAAUGCUUGAUCAAUGGCAUAUAUGCCAUUUAUCUUGACAUAAUGCAUGCACAAUUUCGGUGUUGAUUACGUACUAUAUACGAAGUACUACCUCCGUAUCCGCUACCGAUCUUAAAAUAUCUAUUAUAUGUUAAGUCAUCCGCUACUCGAUCUUAAAAUAUCUAUUAUUACUACAAAAAUGUUGAUAAUGGUGUUUAUUGCCAUUGUUGGUUGUAUGUUAUUAUAAGGUUUAUACAUAUCACAUGCAUGUAUGCCUGAUAAGCUUUUAUAAAUAAAUAAACUCUAAAUCUUUUAUUGUAAGUG